AGAUAAUACAGCCUGACCUUUAGCCGAGAGAGCUGCGAUAAAGAUUUGCACUCGGAAACACUUUGGGCGUAGCUUUAAAUGUGGGACAUUAGAAGAGUUCGGCUCUCAGUUAAGCGCGAUUGGCCUACGCGAACGUUCGCACCGUUAUUGUCUCCGAGAAGCUUCUCCUUACACUCGAAAUGCGUCCAAGCCUGGCACUUCUCCUCGUGGCUCUAGUAGCCUGCCUUCUCGUGCCGAAGGCCGAGGCGGGAAUCUUCCUCGAGAAGGUGGGUCAGACGGCCAAGGACGUGGGCGAGAAAGUUCACGAGGGCGCGAAGAGAAUCGAGACCGGAAUCAAGAAUAUCUUCGGCCCCGGCGGCAGCGAGGAAGACGUCAAAUCCUCGACUGCCGUCCCAGCCGUGCAGCCGGUGCCCGGAGCUGCUGACGAGACUCUGGGAACCACGACGCCCACGAACAGGAACAUCAUCAGAGGCGCCAAGAGAUGCUUGCCCACCGAAGUGCUGUCUUCCGAUGGUGGCUGCAGACCGCUCGAAUGAUGCGUAUGGAUGAUCACACCGCCAUCUCCACAGGGAAAACCCCGGAGCAUCGAAUCCAGAGAGCUGAUGAAAUAAAAUGUCGCUGAAAUGUAAAUAAGCACACAAGAGAUCGAAUUAAAAACUCGCAAACACGUA